GUGAUGAUGCGGGUCUGGCCGCUGGUGCUGGAGAGCGUGAUGAUGGUGCUCAUGUGGGUGGCCAUCGUGGCCAUGGGAAUGACGAUGUUUCUGUUCUUCGCCUUCGCCCAAUAUCUGCACAUGAUCGCCUUCACCACCGUGCUCGGCCUCCUGCACUUCAUCCUCAACGUGUGGCUCGUCUCGCUAUUGCGCGGGAGUGUGAACCGCCGCCUCCUCGCAUUCCUGGCCCUCACACAGACGACGCCGCUCUUCUUGCUUUGCCGUAGGGCGUGGCGAUCCUUCGUGGCCGGGUGGGAGAAGAACCAGGUAGCAAAAAAACGCAAGGCGCUGAGGGCCAAGUACGCCCUUUGCAAUGGAAAAAAAUCUUCGUCGAUGCAACUGCCCGAAAUCACGGAGCAGCACACCUACAGCAGCUGCGUACCUCCGCAGUCAAAACCUGCCGCACCUCCCGUCAGCACCACUGACGAUGGGACUCCAGCACCUGACGCAGUGGAGACUGGUAACCACCUGGUGCCCAUCAAGGUGACUCCUACCAAGUUCCUGCCCAACACCAAAACCAUCAAACUUUCCUUUGACGAACAGGAAGAGAUCUACGCCGGAGAACGCAAACUUUACAAAUUCGUCGCGAGGAACAUCCAGUCACUCUACGCCGAGGAGAAGAGGCUGUCGUACCACAUCAUCGUGGACGCAUCGCAGGCCGUCGUUCACGUCUCCAGGUCAGGCGUUUGUGCUGAAGAAUUUCCUGACCGCACUGUGAAGAAGGACCCCCUUACACUGUGCAAUGAUACCCAUUAUAUAGUAAACUUUGUGAAAGGGCUCGGCUAUCAAACCAUUGGGGUCACGAAGAGAACCAAGGAUGAAGUGCAGAGCUUUACAGACGGGGACUUGAACAAACUCGUCUGGCUGCUGGUGUGGCCCUACGUCUUCCUCCUGAUCUUCUCGGUUUUAGAUCACAGGCAAAACUUUGUUCUAUUUAGAGGAGAAAUUGACAUUGCUGUUGCGAGUCCUGUGCUGGGCGUGAUCGUGUGGCUCGUGACGCAGCGAGGGCUCGACGACCCUUGGAGGAACACGCUGAUUCUCAUCCCGCUGCGGCUGUGCUUCACCGUGAGCAGAACCAUCGUCGUGUGCGCCAUCGGCACGACGUGGGCAGGCAUCGGCGUCGCAGCCUUUGCCUACGUCUCCGCCAAGAUCGUCGGGCUCCUCAGCAUCGCAGCCCACAUCACUUACGCCAAACUGAGGAAAAACAUCGAGCUCUACAGCGACGCGAUGGAAAAGUACACCUAUAAUCCCAUGUACGAACCUGUCGUCCAGGUCGCGGAGAGUCUGGUGUACUGCUGCUGGGCGAUUUGGUGGCAUAUGUACAGUCUUACUCCCGAUUACAUGGAGACUGGUAUCUUGCUGAUGGUCAUCAUUAGUCAGGUUGCUGGCUUAACCUGGCUGUGGUUCAUGAGGGCCUUCCUGAAGGAGCCGCUGCAGGACCCAAUGCAGGUGCUGCAGAUUGUAAAGGACAGGGAGUUUAGCAGAACCGAUUGAAAAUGUUUUCUGAAAAGACUUGCCAUCCCCUGUAUGCCAGUUUUGCUACAAGCCAAAGUGGAUUGUAUAUUUUAUGAUAGGUCUGUGUGAUGACCAGUCUGCCUAUCGUUGAUUUCAAGACUGGCAUGUUUCAUCCAUUAAAAUGCGAAUCUCUGUAAACUUCCAUCUGGUGCACCGCCAUGCAGCAGACGCGGCGUUCUACUUUAUGGUCCUGAUAGCUAGAUAUUUUCACUAAGUCUGUAAGUAAAGCCAAUGAAGUAAUGAAUCUCACACAUCCUACUAAAUAAUAUUUAUUCUCAUAUGACUCUCCGUUUUUCCUCUGUCAUCUGCGCUUAAUGGAUGCUAGCUAUAGCCGUGCUUUCAGUCAUGAACUUGGCAACGGUCCAGCUUCCUUCACGUCGAGGUUCAUAUGAAUCAAACCCAUACUCUUUAUGAUUCAAGUUCCCAUGUGAUUAUCAUGCAUAACAUAGGGAGAGAGCCUUCAUAGAGAGCCCGCAUGAACGAGCGAGAAAGGCAGAACAUGGACAGAGAGGAGGCGAGGAAAGGCAUCUGCUGAGAGCGAGUGAAUAGGAGAGGUCGAAGUGGAGGAUUCAGACCUCAGACCUGGUUUCCAAUGUGAUAUUCUUUUUAUUGUUUUUGAAGUUUAUGAGAUUGUUUUAAAUAAAGUGUGAAACAUUUUUUUUCUUAUAAUAACCCAGAACAGAUAAAAAACAAGCUCAAUCAAAAACAAGUAUACGCGCUUCAUAUACACUGCUUAUAAAUAUUUGUGGAUUGAUUCACCUUUUUAAAAUGUGCAUUCAGACAACGAAACAUUUGGUUACACCGAAUUUUGAUAAACCACUGGAUAAACACAAUAAACCUUUGCGAAUCCCAGAACAAUCAAACAAAAAUAUGGAUAACUCUCUCUCUCUCUCUUUCUAUCUCUCACUUCUAUUCCAUAUAUAAGACUAAUAACGAGUUAAUUUAAUAUAACUAUACCUGUGUUUCAUACAAUAUUUUAAGUAUUUAAUGAAUAUGCAUCAGAUUACAUAACUGCAGCCGAUCCAGUAAGAAUAACAAUGAUUAUUAUUGUUUUACUACUAAUGCGAAUAUUACCUUUCAUUUUAUUCCUCGUCAAUUUCGAACAUUUACGAAGUCUGCUACUAGUCGAGUAAACAUAUACCACACAAGAGUAUUUUCGCCCGACCUACAAGCUGCAUGUAAAAGAUAGCGAGACUACGCGGGGUUGCAGACUUACGUGGAAAAGCAGUUGUUAGGUACACACUGGGGCAAUCC